AACAUCCAGGUAGCUGAUUCCUUCCCUUAGGUCUUAAAGAUCCUGACACUUUACUGCGGACGUUGGAUUUGGAGAAACAGCAAUCAUGACUGUAGGAAAGAGCAGUAAGAUGCUGCAGCACAUUGACUAUAGAAUGAGAUGUAUCCUACAGGAUGGCCGAAUCUUCAUUGGUACCUUUAAGGCUUUUGACAAGCAUAUGAACUUGAUCCUCUGUGAUUGUGAUGAGUUCAGGAAGAUCAAGCCAAAGAAUGCGAAGCAGCCAGAGCGUGAAGAAAAGCGAGUUUUGGGUCUGGUGUUGCUGCGUGGGGAGAACUUGGUUUCCAUGACUGUGGAGGGACCACCCCCUAAAGAUACUGGCAUUGCUCGAGUACCACUUGCUGGAGCUGCAGGAGGCCCUGGCGUUGGCAGGGCAGCUGGCAGAGGUGUUCCAGCUGGUGUUCCAAUACCCCAGGCUCCUGCUGGGUUAGCAGGCCCUGUUCGAGGGGUUGGGGGGCCAUCCCAACAGGUAAUGACUCCACAGGGAAGAGGCACUGUAGCAGCUGCUGCAGUUGCUGCUACUGCCAGCAUUGCUGGAGCCCCAACUCAGUAUCCACCAGGACGGGGGACUCCACCCACACCUGUGGGCCGAGCAACCCCACCUCCAGGCAUUAUGGCUCCUCCACCUGGUAUGAGACCACCCAUGGGCCCACCAAUUGGACUUCCUCCUGCUCGAGGGACGCCAAUAGGCAUGCCCCCUCCAGGCAUGAGACCCCCUCCACCAGGAAUUAGAGGUCCACCUCCCCCAGGAAUGCGUCCACCAAGACCCUAGGAUACUAUUGAUUCUUCUUAGUCACUUUUCUCCUGCAGUGUGUCUUGUGAAACUGUGUAGAGUGAUUGUGAGCUUUUGUCCCCUCUUUGCUGAAUUAAUAUUAGCUAAUAAAUGCAUAGAGCAAUUAAACUGUGAGGUACUUGUACAUUUUUUGGCCCAUUCGUUUGUUGAGGUCAGAGUGAUGACUGGGAUUUUUCUGGUCUUGACAUUAUUGUGGAUGAGGUGAAUCCUGUUCAGCAACUCAUAUAAUUUUCUCUUUAAUUGUUAUGACAAAAUGGUUGUGCUUCUUGUUUGUUUCCUAACUUUCACUUUGUGCAGUGACUGGUGUCAUUUAAUAUCUUUUACACAUAAGGAACCUCUUGACCCAGGGGGGUUAAGUGGUUGAACUAAGACUCACACAUGGCCUCUUGCACUUUACUAUGCCGUACAUAACUGAAGGGAUGGGAUGAAAGACCACCUAUAAAAGGAAAUUGUGGUACUGAAUCAGACUUUGUUCAUUAAAUCAAGCAUUUGGAAUAGGAGGUACUCUUUUUUCCUUGAAAGGUUGCCUCAGUUAAUGAGCUUUUACAGGUCCCUUGGGCCUUCUGUGAUCAGAGUAGAUGACAUGAUCCUGGAAUAGUCAUCAUUCCCUACCAGUGAGUAAGUAUUCACUUAUAAAUUUUUGAAUUACGGCAGAGCCUGUGUAUAGGGAGCCAGGGAGGUUAUGUGUUUGAGGUAAGCUAUGUUACUUAAAAUAAAGAUAACUUACACCCUAAAAUAUAGUUGACUCUAAACUACAGAUUAUCAUCAACUGCAUUACUUAGUGAUUUACUGAAAGUAUUCAGAGGAGCAGAGAGUCUUUUCCAGUAGUUAAGGAGUGUCCAAGUAUCUAGUUCUCUUUGAGUUCGUUAUGAAGCAAUGAAAUCACUUUUAAAAGGAAGAGGGAGGAGGAUUUUAGGUUUUACGGCUAAGGUUUCAACUAGGCAAUGAGUGAAUCCUUAUUGAUUGUAGGAGUUAGCUUAUAAAAUACUGCAGUUAGAGAUUGGUAUUAAGCCUUAAUAACCUAAGAUGGGUAGACUGAUUGUGUCUUUUAAUUUUAUCAGCAGACGUUGUAUGUAUGCCACCUUUUCCAUCUUUUAAUUCAUGGCCUUUCAAGAAACAGUCUCCCAAGGAAAAGGGACCUUAAAAAUGAUUACCGUUGUCAUCACCAUCUUUAUAUACUUUAUUAUAUACUUUAUGUAGUCUGAUCUCUCCCAAGUAGUUUCCAGGAUUGAUGGUCACUUUCAAGUAAGGAACAUAAUGUAGCCACGCCUUCCUUGGUUUAGGAGAUUUAUAUGAUACAGAUGAUACUUUUUUCAGAAUUCAUCAAUGUUAAGAAACUUUCUGGCUACCGGAGCUGUAGGAAAAGUUCUUUAUCUAGAUCUCUGGAGGCAAAGCUGAUAUAUGACAGCUACUUUUGCUCUAAAAAUUAUGUAGGUGGCAUGUGAAGAGCCUUGUUUUCUAAGAAGUCUGUUCUGUGGACCAAUUUCGAAUAAUUUGUGGUACUUUUUCUAGUUUUGGAAGGAAAACGUCCCUCUACAUAGAACUGCUGGCAUGGAUGGCCCUUUGAUUUUGGCAUGAGCGAUCGUGCAGCAUGUUUGAGGAGAACCUGUUCUCUCAUAUUUCCUUAACUAAAGAUGGCCUCUUUAGCAAGUUAGAGCUUUUUCAGUCUUAAGCAAUGCCUUUUUGCCCGCUUAGUUGAUGACUGAAAGGAAGAGAGAAUUUGAUCACUGAAUUUUCUGACCUGUCAUUGUGGAUCCGACCAAGUAGUGUUGCAACAAGGCUGAAAAUUGGAUUAGCUGCAUUUAGAAGAGAAACUUAAACCACUCCAGGUAAAAUAACCUUGUAAAGAAAAAGUAAGACUAUUUCAGAGGCCUUGGCUAGGUUCAUGAUGAUACAGGACCUUGUCUGAACAAAGUGAUUUCAAAAUUUGAGCUUAAAAUGACAUUCUGAAAUCCAGUCAAUGUGCCUCAUUACUUUUCAGAGAACAUUAUUCUUGAGAGAAUGUUGGCUUGACAUGUGAAAACUUUGAAUACUUAGAAAUGGCAGGUGUAGUAGUACACUUUGCCAGUUACUCAGAUACCCCUUUUUUAUUUUCAUAGAUAUUCUGGGAUAAUUCCUUUUUUUUUUUUUUUACUAUAUAUAUGUGCAUGCUGAUGAAAGCAAAAAAGAAAGCACAUCCUUGGAUCUGAGAAGGCACGCGUGUGGUGAGAUGGAAGCAAGGACACGCAAAAAGGAAAUUUAGCACCUCUUGGAUCAGACCUUGAAUGCCACAGUGCUAGGUGUUUAACUGAUGUCCAGGAAGGAGAGAAACUAAUAUUAUGAUGAAAUACAAUGAAUCUGCCUCAGAUUCUCUAAUUCAUCUAUCUGCCAAAGCAGUCUUUUGGAAAGAUGACCACCACAUCAUGUUUCUUCAUCAGUCUGCAGUUGACAUGUUUCAGGAGUAUUAGAAAUAAGCAAUAAUCAGAGGACAAGGAUUAUAUAAACUGAUAAUAUUUACAGCCUCUUUUGCCACUGUCAAAACUGGAAAUUUUCCACUUUUAGUCACUGAACUUUUGGAUUCUUAAAUUUUGAGACAUUCUUUCACACUUAGCCUCUGCAUAAGAAUCUUUAGAAGUUUGUACAGCAGGAAGCAACGUGACUGCAACCCAGGAAGAUUUAGAGUAGAUUUGCAAAUCUUUUUUCCAUUAACAUAGGUAAGUAAGCAGGAGAGACUAGCCUGAGUGACUGCUCCUGCAUUCAUAAAACUGUAGUUUUCAAAUUCUUCUGGAGUAUUCUGAGCAAUUUUACUUACAGACUGCUAUCGAAGUUUAAACCUCAUGCUGAUUUAAGGGGUCUUUGGUCAGGGCACCUGUGUAGAGCCACUCUCUUGAUCCUCGACUCUGCUCAUUUGCCUGGUCCAACAGCAUCAGGACAGCAUCUCAUUCCGCAUUCCUCCCAAAAAUGGAAGUGUGUGAGGGGGUAUCUACUGAAUUGAAAAUUAUUUCAAGUGGAUAAAACGAGAGUAGUAUUGGGCUAGUCUGGACAAUGUCAAGUACACACAAGCCAACCUUGCAGGAAUAUGUGGAUAGAAAGGGAAGAACAGCACAUCUUGAAUUCAGCUAGAAACUUCACCAGCUACAUCAUCACAGACAAAAUAAAAAUAGAUUUAUACUCUUCUGAACUUCAUCUUGCCUUUCAAAUGUUUACAUUUGGAUUUGAGGGGGGAAAAACCGUGUCUUGCUUGCUAUGGAGUAUCAACUUGCCUUCAAAAGAUUUACCAGUAAAAGCCUUGCAUAUGUGAUAUUUGUAUGUGUAUGUGAUAAACAGAUCUUAGUGUGGGCCUCCCCUCCGACACCCCUGCUGGAGCUAGCAUUUUAAAGCAGCUUGGAAUCUGAUCCUAUUAACUACUGGACAUAUAUAGCAUAAGAAUUUAUUGAAAUACUUCGGAAAAUUGUGUUUGGGUAAUAUGAUUGAAAUGGAAAUAUACUAAGUGAAUGAUGAAUAUAUAUGAACUGUAUAUUGCAUAUUAGGAAAUGAAGAGAAUGAAAAUUUCAACAUGGGAUAGUUUUAUUGUAUUCUCUUUUAGCUUAGUUUUUCUUGGACUCUAAUACUGAAGCAUAGAGACUUACAUUUAUAAACAUGAAUCUACUAUUUUUAGAUACUUUUUAAAUCGUUGCUGUGAUAAUAGAGCUGGUUUCCUAGGGAAGUUUCUAAAAAUAUGUUUGGUAAAAUCGUAUCUCACAAAGAUUUUUGGAAGGAAUUCUGUGGACAUUUUGUAAAGCUAUACAUAAUUCUCUAUUCAUUGUUUGAGCGCUUAUGGAUAGGAGAAAAGAAAUGGGCAUGGUGAGUGUCUAAUACGUUAAUCAGGAAAAAAAGUUAAGGCACUAGUUAUUCAUGUGCAUUUUGAGAAUGCUUUGUAUGAAAUAACAAUAUAAUUGCUUUGUGACAUUUCUUAGUGUAUUGUGAUUGCUAACAGAGUUUGCUAAAAUACAUAGAAAUAUUUUAAUAGAUGAUUAUAGAAAUAGAAUAAUUAGAAUACCUCUGAAUGAUGUGUAUUUAUAAUCAUUUGAUCGGAUUAUUGCUGUGGGUUUUUUGCGGGGAGUAGGAUUGUUCUGCAUACAACUGUCUGUAAGAAAUUUUAUUAAGGCUGCUUUAUGUGGAUGUAGAUGUUAUUCUGUAAAUGGUCUUUAUAUGUUAGAAUUUGUAUGGCAUUAGAUUUUAUUCUCAAAAUGAGAUUGUUGCACAAGAGGCCAGCCUCAAUGAACACUUUGCCUGUUCAGGGUUGAGUGGGCUUUUUAUUGCUCUGUAUACACAUGAAAAAAGUACUGUUAUAUCAUCUUAUCAAGCAUAGAAGUGGCUGACAUUUUGGUCAUUUCAAUUGUUAAAAUAUAAUUUUGUUGCUUGCUGAGAGGUGUUUCUAGACUGCUUUGUAAAAGAGCUGAAUUCAGGAGAUAGAGAAUAAGACGUUUUGGAGGGCUGUGUAUGUAUAUAUGCAUGCAUAUAUACAAGGAGAGUUCUUGAACAGCCUCCAGGCGUUACUCCAUGCUCAGAUGUUGGUAAUCUACAUAUGUUUUGUAAAAUAUUCUAAUGUUAAAGAGAGGUAGACUUUUCCCCUUCCACCACUGCAAUUGUUUAAAUUGCCUCUGAACAUUAAUUCAUUUCUGGUAGAUAUUGUUAUACAUUUUGUUAUAAACUGUUAUUAAUGUUAGAUAUUUUUGUUUAACAUCUAGUUUUCUACAUGUAUAGACAUCAUUGUAAAUUCAUUUGAACUUAUAAAGGUAGAACCAUUUUUGUUUGCCAAAAGAGAUGGUUAGAUCUAGCCUCUGUGUUCAUUGAAUCAGUAGGUUCUAUUUUUAGGUUGUGGUAAAUACAAUGUGUAGUAUCUCAUCUAACAUGUCAUUGUUUUAUGACAAGAUUCAUCAUGGUGGAAAUGUCCUUGUAACUGGUGGUCUGCCUUUGCUUAUUGGUUUUAGAAACGUUUGCACACAAAUAACACAGUCCUUUGUAUAACAUAGAGAAACCUCUACUUGUGGUAAAAUAGCAUAGGUUACAAAAGUUUUCAGUUGCCGGUGAAAUUUAACUUUUAAUAAUAGUGAAUUGUUAUUUUAAAGUACUUAGUUGAUUAAGCAAUUUAUAAGUUUUUAUGGGAAAUGUUAGCAAUGGCGUAUCAAAUCUGAGUUCAUUAAAUCAUGAGCCGAUCAAAAGAAUGUUUAUGUAUUAUGUGUAUAUAAUGGACAUAGUUAUUUUUUAAAGGAUAAGAAUACUAUAUCUGCAUGUUUCGUAAGUAUAUUAAUUGUAGAAUGAAAACUUACCCAAAUGGUUGUCACAUUGUCACUAUGAGUAAAUAAUUGGGCAGCUGAAGGGGUUUUUGUUAGAUAGUUGUGUGUAAAAAGUUAGAAUAUGUAAUAGUUUUGCUUUAAACUUUCAGUUCUUGAUUUAUAGGGAUUGCUUACAUAUACAUAUGGGGGUGUGUGUAUGUGUGUAUAUAUAUAUAUAUACACAUGCAUGCACAUAUGUACAUAUAUGUGUAUGAAACAAGUGUUUAUUAAAAUUCAGAAAAUAGAAACAUCAUUUUUUGGCCAAAUAAUUGUCAUUCGGGCUUUAGUCUAUGUUCUUUGGGUUGUUUGAGGGUAGAUGAUAUAGGAAGUUUUAGUUUUUGAACUUUAUUUAGUACCUGGAGGAUACUGUGAGGCUGCUAGAUAUAUGGUAGACAAAUGUUAGUCUUUGUUUUAUAACAUCUGCAUAGGAUUUGCUAAUAGGCAUACAUUUUUGAAGAUCAAACCGAUAUAGACAAAGGUGAAAACACUUUACGUUGGUAAAUUGAAUUCCUAUACUGAGUCCAUUUGGGAUGUAUUUGGUUGAUGGGGAUUAUAUUUUUACUUUGAUUCAUGUAUCGAAGAUAAAUGUCAUUUUAUAAAACAUUUUUGAAUAUGUAACUUCUGUCAAUUUUGAAAAUAUGUUUUUAUUGAAAUGUUAAAGGUAGAAUUACUGUUUGAACAUAGGUGCAGUAGAAUGAGCAUAUUCAUGAGUUUGGCUUGAUUUUAAGGGUUUUUGUUUAUUUUUGUGUUUUGAGUUUUUUAAUUAGAUCUUUUUUGUUAGUAUAUGUCAUUGCCAUUCAUAUUUUUAAAUAUGUAACUUGUAUGAUUUUUCUUAUCUAAUUUUUUGAUUGAUAAAUGUUGGGACAGAGCAGGGAAGCAUUUGACUGCUGUAUAUAUGAUAGACAAGCUUCUUGUAUAACAUCUUAACUUCCUAGGCAUGUAGAAACAUCCUCUUCAUAUGCAGGCACAUGCACACACACAUGAACACACACACACACUCUAAAUAUAUUCAUGUUGAACUAUAGUUAUCUUUAAAACACCUUUUCUUUCUAGAAAUGUAGACAUUGCUGAUAGAAUAUACUUUUAAAUAUCAGGAACUUUUUUAUCAGUAUAGUAAUUAGCGUUUUUUGCAUGUUCAGUGGUUUGUGGUGACGGAUAUGGACAAGGGUGUUGGAUGUUUUCUGAUCUCAUGUCUGUAGUAUAUGAUGCUUUAGCUUUAUUCUUUUUGGUUUAUAGAGAUUGUGGACAUCCGUAUGUUUCAGUCAUGCGGUUUUAAACUGUAAGGUUGAAACGCUUAACUUUUGCAAAUGUUUUUAGAAACUAUAUGGCUUGGUCUUUUUUUUUUUAAAUAACUGAGUUUAUAAUAGUUGCUUUAUAACGUUUUGAGUGUGAAUGUAUAGAACUGUUGAUAAACGGAAUGAUAGAGGUUAGAACCAGUUUCUUUUGAUAUUUUUAGUUCACCCAUAUGGAGUCUUCAUUGGACUGCUGGGAUCCUUAAAGACAAAUUACCAUAAUUGAGUUAAAACUCUCUGAGCUAUAUUCUUGUUCCUUAUGUAUAUAUUAUCAUGUUAGGGAGAAGAUCGUGACAUUUAAAAGUUCUUUUACAUCAUAUUUUCAUUUAAAAGAAAAAUUAGAUUAUAAACAUUAAAUUGUUUCCAUUUUAUAUAAAAAUAUCUGUCAGUUUCAGGAACAUGUAGGUAUAUCUUAUUUUCCAGGUGUACUGAAGUUAAUUAUGCAAUUCAGUUUUCUAAAGAACAUUUUAUAAAAUCUCUGAGUUAUGUACUUCUUUGUUUAUCUGUUACAUGGCAAUAACCAAGAUAAUUUUGUAAAUAAUGGCAAGUAAGAUAGUUAAUUUUAAAUAUCUAGUAUUUCUACAUGUAUUGAGAGUCUCACAAAGUAUAAUUUUGUAAAUAUUCAUUGUAAAUGUGUUCUCUUGUCUUCUAAAAUUAACGUGGCAAUGAAACUGAUUGUUGAUAAACAGACUCUUGGGGUUAUACAAAAUUAAUCGUAUAUUAAUUUGGUCGUUAGAAGGAAUUGACAGGAUUUUGCGUUUACCUCAUUCUCAUAUAGAAGAAUAGUUUCUAUUGUAUCAAAUAUGAAUUGUAUAUUAAAAAAACUUAGACAAUGUAAAUUUAUGUGGUAUUUCUGGAUGUAGUGAACUUCCUCACUUAUUUCUUUAAUGUUGCUUAAUUUUUUUAGAACAGUUUUAGGUUCACAGCAAAAUUGAAGGGAAGGUACAGAGAUUUCCCUUAGACCUUUUACCGCAACACAUCUGUAAUCAUCCCCUUUAUCAGCAUUCUCCAACAGAGUAGUACAUUUGUUACAAUUGGUGAACCUACAUUGAUACAUUGCAAUCACUCAAAACUCAUAGUUUAUGUUACGGUUUACUGUUGGUGUUGUACAUUCUAUGGGUUUGGACAAAUCUGUGAUAACUUGGAUCCAUCACUGCCCCGAAAGUCCUCCGUGCUCUGCCUAUUCAUACCUCCCCAUAUAUUUUUUUCUUUUGUUUUUAACAUUCAGCAUAUAAAUGACUUUAUCAAGGAGAUUUUCUACUACCUCUUGGAACUAUACACAGUUCUGUAUGUGUUCCCUUGGUUGCAUGACAAUAUUCAAGACAACUUUGUAAAUAAUAGGAUGUAAAUUUUUAAUUUUUAACAUCUAGUUUUUCUAGAUGUGUAGAGUCUCACAAAGUAUAAUUUUGUAAAUAAUUCAUUGUAAAAUAUCAUGGUUUCAUUAUUUUCUUUCCAAUGUCUUAGUGAAAUUGAUAUCUAAGUCAUAAUUUUGUAGUUGUACUGCUUGAUAUUGGGCAUUAUAUACUUUAAACAUAGGAAAUGUUAUAUAAGAAAUUUUGUUUUCCCUCUUUGAAUGAUAGUUUUGUAUUUCAACUGCAUGACAACAUUCAAGACAACUUUGUAAAUAACAGAUGUAGUAUUUUGAAAGAAUGUGGUUUUUCUAGAUGAAUGGAGUUUCACAAACAUAAAUCUGUAAAUAUUUCAUUGUAAAAUAUCAUAAAUUGUCUCAUGUAAAUGUUUUGGCUGUGUAAUUAAUUAAUAAUUGGCCUCUUAGGGCUGUUUAACAUUUUGGUGUUUGUUCACUGAGUUUUGGGAAGAGAGAUAGACACAUCCCCUCAGAUUGUUAAGCUUUCAUGUAGAAGAAAACAUUAGAUUGUAUACUUAGAACAAACAAAGAAAAAUACCCCUGGAUGUAUUUUUAAUUUUAGGAAGAAAAAGGAAGACAUGAGAAGGAAUCAUCAUUUUAAAUCACAGAUUCACAGGAGAUUCUCACAUUGCUAAAGUAAUUGUCACUUUGCUAUACUAUAUAAAUUUACUCUUUACAAAUUUAUAUAUGUAUAUGCAUAGAUAUAAAGGUAUAUAUACACAUAUACAGGUAAAAUUACUUUUAGGGAUAUAGAUUUGAUAAUACUCUCUUUUGUCAUUUGUUAACUUAUUGCUUCACAUUUUUUUUGAAAACAAUGGAGAUAGUAUUUUAAUUCUAAGCUUAAACAUUUCUAGAGGCCCACUUCAUGUUAUAGCUACAUGUAUGUUAAUUUUUUAUAUAAAAUGAUUAAGUAGCUCUGUAUCUGUUUCCUAGUCUGUUUCCAUAUAUACACAUAUAUGUGAACAGAAUUCCUCUGAUAAUGAAUAUUUUAAAAAAUUUUUGAGGACCUUUAAAAUUUUCCAGUGAAUAGUUAUAUUUGAUAUGUGAUAGUCAGAAACAAAUGUCAAAAGUCUUUCAUCUCAGUUGCCUCUAAUAUAAAUUAUGAAAAUUUCUUAGAUUCUAUUCAGUGUUCAUCAAAGUAUAAAUCAGUGUACCUUUUUAAACAGUUUGGCACUGACGAUAAUAAUUGAGUAUGUAAAACUUUUAAAAUGGUAUAACUUGCUCUUGAUUUUAUCUAUUGCAACUCUCAAAGAAGAAAGUAUGUUUUGUAGAUUGAGAUGACAAAUAAUUUGAACAUCUGAAAUCCUCAUCAAUAAAAGGUCGUAGUGAUUACAGCUUAUUGGUCACAUGAAUGUAAUUCAAAUACUGAAAAAAAAAUUCUCGUAUGGAAGGCUGUUUUUAGGUCAUAUUUAAAAUUGUCAUUUUUGAACAAACAUCAAUUAAUUGUGUUUACAAUGGUGUCUAUAUGCCUCCAGUUUUUCAAACUGAAGUGUUAAUGGUUACUAUUCCUGGGGAAUGGGAUUAUCCUGGUAUGAUUAUCGUGUUAAGUAAUGCUUACUGGUCAGUGUUAUUUUAAUGGUGAUUAUUUUACCAUUUUUUGGAAUUUUUGUACAUGUAUAAUUUAAAUAGUAAAACAUUGUUUAUGUAUUUGUAUGUUGCUACAUGACAAUCUAAAAUGAAUAUAUGAAUUAUUAAAUAAAAACAUAUCUGGAAGGACGUAUGAAAAAGUUUUAACAUAACUGUAUAGAGAUAGAGGAAUAGAAGGACUGCUUCUACUUUCUGCAUUUGAAAUUUUAAAGCUAUUUCAAAAGGAACAUUUAAACAGAGGGAAUUUUAAAGAUACCAGCAGUUUGUGCCUGUCUUCGUCCUUGCCUCUCGACAUCUUGGGAUUUGGGGCUGUUGUAUCCAACUUUGUAUUCUCAGUGGCCAUUAUGAGUGGUUUUUGAGUGGUCAUGAAGAGCAUGUGAUUUAGAGACUUGUGCAGCAGAGAGUUUUACAGAGUGAACACAGAGUAUUGGAUCACCCAAGGAAAGAAGGGAGAAGAUGGGAUUUGAGUUGGAUAUGAUGGAAGAAAAACAUUUGCAGAUAAUCUGAGUACAGCUGUGACAUCAUCAGGAACAUUCCUCUUUUAUGGAGUUCCUUGAUUCAUAAGUCUUACCCAUGAAUCAAAGGAGAUGAUAAUUCCGAGAAAAGAUACUUUACCAAGUUCAUUUUUAAUCCCAAGAAUCGGUGCCACUGGAUCUCUAUUGCAAUAUUCCUCAUUCAGGUGUUCGUCACUGCCAUCUCUGGUCCUAGGAGUACCCCUUGGCGAUAUGAUUGUGAUGACUGAAUAGGAAACUGAUGCCAUUUCUUCUGACACCAUCUUCAUCAAACCAAAAGAUGGUCUUCAUAAUGUAUGGAGACUCUUUCGUGUGUUGCAGUGGACACUCCUUGCAGAUCAGAAAAACCGGACUGAGAAAGCUCAUGUUUUAAAGUAAUCUAAAGAGUGUAAUUGGAGAGAAUUGUAACCAGGCCUGUUGACAGUUUUCAUUGUUGCCAUUGGACUAAAUCUCAGGAGCUUGAAUGCCAGAGACGUUAUUACACAGAAUCUCAGGAUGGUGUAAUUGCAAGGCUUCAUUUCAGUGUUCCCAUAAGUAUUAAGUGCAUGUAUUUAUAAUUUUCACUUAUCACAGGAUCAACUUAAAAUUAUUUCAUAAAAAAUCAUCUUGUUCAAGAUUUUAAAGGUAUAGAAAUUUGUGAAGUAUGGUAUUUUUAACUCAUGCCCUUUUCCCCUCAUAAUUCUAUUCUCCAGCGUUAUCUACUGUCAGUGUAGUUUUGUGCACAUCUUUUUGGGGUGUGUUGAUAAACAGAUUGAUAAUGCAACUCUCUUUUUGGCCCAUAUUAUGUCUAUAAAUUUUCUAUGCCGUAAAAAGGCAUACAGAUAAAUUAUUUUGAUAAUUUCAGAGAAUUGGAACUGCUAGGACUAGGGAUGUCCAAAAAUUUAUGUUUUGAGUCAAAACUACAGCUUUCCCCCUAAUCAUAGAGAGAGAGUCCUCAUCACUAUUGUCUCCCAGUGUUUGUUCAUGAGAGUUCUGUUUCGUAAAAUGGUACACAUGUUAGAUGUCAGUGUUUUAAUCGUUAACAAUGCGAUAUUACGAAGAAAUUGCUUUUUUUCUUCUCUUGUUUGUCUCCAUCAUCUUCGUAUAUCCUUAAUCCUUACUAGUCAUUUGUGUUAUUUCAUUUUCCUCUGCUUUUUGUUUUUUUCCAUUUCCCUUGGAGUAUGAGUGUCUUUGUUGCUCAUUUCUAAAAGCUCAUUUAUAACUAAAGAUGUUAACCAUAUGUCAUGCAUUGCAAGUGAAAUACCAUGUUUUCUUUUCGGCAUCAUUUUACUGUGGUGUUUUAUUUUUUGGUUGUACAAAAGUUGUGUAUUGAAAUACAAUAAUGUUCUGUUUUA